CCGGCAUUGCACUUGCAAGUAGUUGCAAUGCGGUAGCAUCGAGCCGGAUUAGGAAUUCGCUCGAGACCACGAAUAUUAAUUAAAAAUAAGUCCUGAGACUCUUUUUCGCGCGAUAUACCUCAACUAAAUGUGAAUCUACGCUUCUCAGAUGACUUUAAACCUUAAUUUUAUAAGAGGAUAAUUUUCUCAAAGAAGGUAUUGAAGGCAUUAAACAUGUCUUCAGUACAACGUGCGUUUGCACACAAGCUAAGCAAGCAACAUGCAGCCGACGUUAGGAGGCAAAUAGCCAACUCGACGUCAUACUCGAGGGAUCUAUCGAAGAGUAACAGCAGUGCCUCAGGCUUUUCGUCUACAAUGUCCCUUUGCGAGGUUUUGGAGCCCCUAGAUUACGAAGAGUUCCUGGUGCAGCAUCAGGCUGUACUGGAUCGAGAUCCUCUGAGGCCAAUUUUAGAUUUCCCACCUGGAGACUUAGAAUUACAGAUUGUGAAAAGAAAAAUGAGAACGGAAGAACCGAUUGUACCACAUGAAUCAUUGGAUGUAGUUUCUCCGUAUGUACGGAGGUGUAUUGAAACAUUCACUUCUGACUGGGUUAUUGUCUAUCGAAAGUAUAAGGGAAGGGUUUCCCCAAUCGCCAGAGAUCGGUUGUUACAAGAUACACCUAGACAAGACUUUGAGGUUGACCAAGAAGAUGUUAACGGUUCCGGAUCACCAAACGAAGAAGAAGAUCUAUCCAGUUGUGGAGAUACUCCUCGUGGAUCCUGGGCAAGCUUGGAUCUCCGUCACUCCCAGCACGAUCCAUUACUUCCAGGAUUGCUGGAUCGUGUCUGUCCUGAAACAAUCGAUCAAACAAAUGAACAGAAACGUUUGGAGGAUCGACAAGAAGCACUGUUCCCAUUGUACGCUCCGCCGACAUCUCCAGAUGACGAAUGGCAGGAAAUCAACUCUGCACCAGAACCAUCGGAACCAUUUUCUCACAAGGUUCUUGUUAAGUGCCUUCAAUUAAAAUUAGAAUUGGAGGUCGAACCAAUAUUUGCAAAUCUAGCUCUCUAUGACGCUAGAGAAAAGAAAAAGGUUUCUGAGAAUUUUUACGUGGAUAUGAACUCUGAGGGUUUGAAACGAAUGCUCGGUGGCCACAUAGCUUACAGCGAUGCCAGUACUUUAGCUAGAAGUUGCGUACUGAGCAUAAGCAAACCAAGUCCAGAUUUAUUUCUAGUCAUUAGGCUGGAGAAGGUAUUGCAAGGAGAUAUUUCAGAGUGUGCCGAGCCUUAUCUACGUGACGACAAGAACAAAGAAAAGGUAAGAGCAGCCGCAGCAGCAGCUUGUGAGCGACUAGGUCGUUAUCGAAUGCCUCUGGCAUGGACCGCCAUCCACCUAUCCGGUGUCAUUGGAGGAGGUGGUGACGCCGACAGCACAGGAAGUGCUGGCUCCUUAGACAGGAAGUCCAGUGGCCUGGAGCAAUGGCGUAAAAAAGUAGAACCACCAACGAGAAGAGGUUCUUUAGAACGUCGCUGCUCCGAUAAGAGACGUAGCUGGUCCCCUGAUGACUUUGCGAAUUGCCUCGACAGCUUCAGACCGAUAACUCUGACAGUUUCGAGUUUCUUCAAACAAGAGAGUGAACGCCUCCGGGACGAAGACCUGUACAAGCUCCUGGUCGAGCUCAGGAGGCCAGGGUCGAAUUUAAAGCGACUAAAGUGUUUGCCAGGAAUUUUAAAGUUAGAUUUAAGUCCAAGACCCGACGAUCUACCCAGAUGUCUGGAUCCCGAUCUGCGAAGACUCAUUCCAUACCCUGACGAGAAGAGUCGCCCUGUGAAGGAGAUCCUGGAAUUCCCUAGUGAAGUGGUUUCGCCGGAUCUGACCUAUCGCAACUUGUUAUACAUCUAUCCGAAAGAAGCCAACUUCAGCUCCAGGACCGGCUCGGCUCGUAAUAUAGCAGUAAGGAUUCAGCUUAUGGGUGGAGAACAAGAAGCUGAUGCGCUCACCGCCAUUUUCGGCAGGUCUUCCUGCCCUGAAAUGACCCACGAGUACUUCACUUCCGUCUCUUAUCACAACAAAAAUCCGAAUUUCUACGACGAGGUCAAGAUCAGGCUCCCUGCGGAUCUGAGUGCGAAGCAUCAUCUGCUCUUCACGUUCUACCACAUAAGUUGUCAGAAAAAAGCGGAGCAGCCCAGUGUGGAAACUGCUGUAGCCUACACUUGGUUACCUUUAUUGCGAGACGGCCACCUGCAGUCCGGAGAAUUCAGUUUACCUGCGAUGUUGGACCCCCCUCCAGCCAAUUACUCCUACAUCGCUCCGGACGUCCUCCUGCCAGGAACUAGAUGGGUGGACGCCCACCGCGGCGUGUUCACCUUGAUCUUGGAGCCGGUCUCGAGCGUCCAUCCGCAGGAUAAGUACAUCGACAGGUUCCUCUCGUUGUGCGGGUUCCUGGAGACGGGGCAGGUCCCCCCUAGAAUCGGCGAAGCGGGCAUGGAAUCCGAGCUCAAGUCGGCCUUGCUGGAGCUGGCAAGAGCGUCGCCGUCGGCAUUGGUCAGGUCGCUUCCCCAGCUGUUCGAUCAGCUGAUCUCGCUGCUAGUGAGGCCGGCGACGUUGCCCUCGCAGCCGCUGAAUAUAGCGGCGGCGGUCUUCGAGGCCCUGGGUUUGCUCGCCAGAAAUGUCACCAACCUCCCCGACGGCCAGGUCGACGUUCAUGGGAGGCACGCCCUCCUGGCGACGUACACGGCGUAUCAGUGUUCCCUGCCGGCGACGUCUUACACCCCGGGGGUCAUCCGCGCCCAGAGUAACCCUGACUUACCCGUGGAGGACCUGGAGAUGGAGGUGCACGCCUCGAGGGGCCUCGACAGGACGGCGUCGAUGCGCCAGGAGUCGCCCUCGGUGAACAGCCACCCGGCGAGAAGGCUCCUCCACGAGGAGUUAGCCCUACACUGGGUCGUAUCAACGGGUCAGGCCCGAGAACUAGCGACGACGCAUUCCUGGUUUUUCCUGGAGCUGAUUGUCCGCUCGAUGGUGGUGACCCUAUCCGAAACAGGUGGUCUGGACUCGCCGAGGAAGUCCAGGUUCUCCCCACAGUUCUCGGACGACGUGGCGACCCUGAUCGCUUCCUUGACUUCAGAGGUGAUCGCCAGGUGCGGAAGAGACCUCAGAGUGGCCUCGACCCUGGUCUCUAGCCUGGGGAGCUUCCUUUCGGAUCUGCUCUCCGUGGUGGACCGAGGCUUCGUCCUGAGUCUGCUAAGAGCGACCUGCUGCUCGCUAUCAGAGGCCUCGGUGCAGGUGCCCGACUCGGCGGGCCUCUUCGCUCUGAAGCUGGACCUCGUCCGGACAGUCUGCAGCCACGAGCACUACGUGGCCCUGAAUCUCCCCUUCGGAACCGGCUACACCUCGGGAUCGGCUCCAGCGUCGCCGAGCCCAUCUACAGGGAGCUCAGGAAGCCUGAUCUCCACCCUGGUGCCGGGGGACCGCGCCAGGUUCUCCGAGCUCAGCCAAGAAUUCCGGCAGCAACACUUCCUGGUUGGUCUGGUGCUCUCCGACCUGGCCAACACCCUCGAGGUGCCCAACCCCAUGCUCCAGAACAAGGCCAUCGGAACCGUUCGGUACCUAAUGGGCUGCCAUGACGUAGACCCCCGGUACGCCGACCCCUCAGCGAAGGCGCGCGUCGCCGCCCUCUAUCUGCCGCUCCUCAACGUCGUCAUGGACGCGCUGCCGCAGCUCUACCACUGGGACUCGAAGGAAAAGAGUGUCUAUCUGGACGAGUCGGGCUCCAUCACCCAGUCGGUCGCCCUGGCCAUAGCAGGUGGCGCCUCGGCCGAAGUCGCCGGCGCGCAGUGCAGGGUCUCCCUCAGCUCGGAGGCCACCCGGCAUCUCCUCAUGUGCGUUCUCUGGGUCCUCAAGGGUCUGGAAAGGUCCGCCCUCGCCCAGUGGUGCUCCGAGCUCAGCGCCAGGAGGGUGCUGAGUCUCCUUCAAGUUCUGAACAUCGCCACCGCCGCUUUCGAGUACAAGGGCAAGAAAGCCCUGAAGAGGCUGCCUCCCCAGGCCGCUGUCACCAGCGACAUCAGGUCUAGGCUCGAAGAUGUCAUCCUCGGGCAGGGCAGCGCCAGGAGCGAGAUGAUGCUCAGGAGAAAGGAGAGGAUCACCGGCGACAAGCUCAGGUGGCGCAAGGAUCAGAUGCCCUACAGGUCGACGGAGCUACCCGAGAGCAGAGCCGUGGAGCAGGACGCUCACAUCGAAGGUGCCCUCGCGGCAGAGGCGUCUCUCGUCGUCUUGGAUACCUUGGAGUCCGUGGUGCAGGUCGAUGGAGGUGGAGGAGCCGUUGUCGGAGCGGUGCUGAAGGUCCUGCUCAGAGCUCUCGCCAGGAACCAGAGCACCUCGGUGCUGCAGCACAUGUUCAACACCCAGCGAGCUCUGGUCUUCAAGUAUCACAGUGCGCUGUUCGACGAAGAGAGCGAGAGGUGUGGGGAUCUCUGUUUGACUCUCUUGACGAGAUGCAGCUCGCCGUUAAGUGCAGUCAGGAGUCACGCGGCUGCUAGUCUUUAUCUCCUCAUGAGGCAGAACUUCGAGAUCGGCAAUAAUUUCGCGCGAGUCAAGAUGCAAGUGACCACCUCCCUGUCGGCACUGGUGGGUAGAGGAAGAGCACCGAGCGAGGGUGCUCUCCGGAGGGCCCUGAAGACGGUCCUGGUAUACGCCGAGAGGGACACCGAGCUCGCCGAGACGAGCUUCCCGGAGCAGGUGAAGGACCUACUCUUCAACUUGCACAUGAUCCUCUCGGACACCGUGAAGAUGAAGGAGUUCCAGGAGGACCCGGAGAUGCUACUGGACUUGAUGUACAGGAUUGCGAAGGGAUACCAGGGUUCCCCAGACCUGCGAUUGACCUGGUUGGCGAACAUGGCGCAGCAGCACAUGGAGAGGAAGAACCACACGGAGGCAGCGAUGUGCCUGGUGCACAGUGCGGCCUUGGUAGCCGAAUAUCUCCAUCUCCUGGAGCCUGGAGGUGGAGGUAGACCCGUAGGUGCGGUCGCCUUGAGCCCGGUGACGCCGAACGCUCUUGAAGAGAGCGCCGUUGGCGACGACGUCCUCGCCAGAAGAGAAGAGGGCCUCUGUCUGGGUCCGGACUUUUCCGAGAGUGGGUUGGCCGGUCUCUUGGAGCACGCUGCCAGCUCCUUCCACGCAGCAGGGAUGUACGAGGCCAUCCCCGACGUCUACAGGGUCCUCUUACCCAUCGCCGAGACGGCGCAUGAUUAUAAAAAGCUCGCAAAUAUUCACGGGAAACUGCACGAGGCGUACACCAGGGUCGAGCAGCUCGCCGGCAAACGCGUCUUCGGGACGUACUUUAGGGUCGGGUUCUACGGGGCUCGGUUCGGCGACCUCGCCGGCGAGGAGUUCGUCUACAAGGAGCCGACUCUGACCAAGCUCCCGGAGAUCUUCUCCAGGCUGGAGAACUUCUACGCCGAAAGGUUCGGCACUGAGAACAUCGUCAUCAUCAAGGACUCUAAUCCGGUCGACCCUGGCAAACUGGAGCCCGACAAGGCGUACGUGCAGAUCACCUAUGUCGAGCCUUAUUUCGAGCUGCACGAGCUCAGGCACAGGCCCACCGUCUUCCACAGGAAUUUUAAUAUAAAACGCUUUGUUUACGCCACCCCGUUCACCCCCGGGGGAAAAGCUCACGGCGAACUCAGGGAACAGUGCAAACGGAAGACCAUCCUGACCGUGGCCACUCAUUUCCCGUACCUGAAAACGAGGAUCCGGGUGGUCGCUCGCAAGCAGAUCGUCCUGAGCCCCAUCGAGGUGGCCAUCGAGGACAUCCAGAAGAAGACCGCCGAAGUCGCCGCAGCGACGAUCCAGGAGCCCCCGGACCCGAAGAUGCUGCAGAUGGUUCUUCAAGGAUGUAUCGGCACAACGGUCAACCAGGGCCCGGCCGAGGUCGCCGUGGUCUUCCUCUCGGGUCUGCGCGAGCAGAAUUUGCAGCCAUCGAGGCUUCAGCACAAACUACGCCUCUGCUUCAAGGACUUCUCGAAGAAGUGCCUGGACGCGUUGCGGAGGAACAAAAACCUCAUCGGGCCGGAUCAACGAGAUUACCAGAGAGAGCUGGAGAGGAAUUACCAGAGACUGACGGAGAGACUCACUCCGCUUAUAGCUUGGAGUGGCCCAUCCUUGAUGAGUCAACAGUCCAUUCCUCCGACGUCACCACGCUGGUAAUCUAUUAUCAUCCAUCGAUCGACGUAUACCAAAGAUUCGACCAUCCAACCUACUCUUAAGGUCGUGUAAUCGUCACCCAAGC